AUGCGGAAGAGGAAGAACAGCUCCAUGGAAAAGGCAGUGAAGGACGAGAGCAAGAGGAGACCAGCAAGAUUGUCGGCCAAACCUGCUCCUGCAAAAGUAGAAUUGGAGCCAAAAAAGGUGGCAGGGAAGGAUAUACUUUCAGACAAAAAAGUGCGAACAAAGAGGAAAAGGGGAGCAAAGGGAAAAUAGGCUGAAGCGGCUAACCAAGAUGAAGAAGACUUACCUGCAGAAAAUGGAGAAACUAAAAAUGGGGAGAAUCCAGCCUCUGAUGAGGCAAGAGAGAAAGAGAUCAACUUUGAUUAA